ACAUUUCAAGUGUUUUCCAUGGAUUAGCAAAUGAAAUAGUGACCGAACUCGGUUACCCGUUACACUGGUGCAGGCAUCCCCCCGGCCCAGCUUGCCGAGUGGCAACAUCACUGUUUGUCGGAACCAAGCUCUUGUCAGCAGCUGAAAUGAUCCACAGCGUGUUCCUCAUUAAUCACAUGGGAGACAUAUUCCUGGAGAAACACUGGAAAAGCGUCGUUAAUCGCAGCGUGUGCGAUUACUUCUUCGAAGCCAAGGAGAAAGCGCUAGAACCUGAAAAUGUGCCUCCCAUCCUGCAGACCCCUCAUCAUUACCUCAUUAAUAUAUACAGAGGGAAGCUCUUCUUCCUCGCUGUCAUUCAGACUGAAGUGCCUCCACUGUUCGUCAUUGAAUUCCUGCACAGGGUUGCAGACACACUUCAGGACUACUUUGGGGAAUGCUCUGAAAGUGUGAUCAAAGACAACUUGGUGACAGUGUAUGAGAUCCUUGAAGAGAUGCUUGACAAUGGCUUUCCGCUGGCAACAGAGUCCAACAUCCUCAAAGAAAUGAUCAAGCCUCCCACCAUCCUGCGAUCUGUCGUCAAUACUCUCACGGGUGGGAGCAACGUUGGAGACACACUACCCACGGGUCAGUUGUCCAAUAUCCCCUGGAGGCGCGCUGGUGUUAAAUACACAAACAAUGAAGCUUACUUUGAUGUCAUUGAGGAAAUAGAUGCCAUUUUGGACAAAUCAGGUUCUACAGUGUUUGCAGAGAUUCAAGGUGUGAUUGAAGCCUGCGUCAGGCUCACGGGGAUGCCUGACCUUACUCUGUCCUUUAUGAAUCCCCGUCUCCUGGAUGAUGUCAGCUUUCACCCGUGUGUGCGGUUCAAGCGCUGGGAGUCAGAGCGCGUCCUCUCUUUUAUACCACCUGAUGGCAACUUUACCCUCAUGACGUAUCACGUCAGCUCACAAAAUCUGGUGGCCAUUCCUGUGUACGUGAAGCAGAACAUUAGCUUCAUGGAGACGGGCUCUUGCGGCCGUCUGGACAUCACAAUCGGGCCGAAGCAGACAAUAGGGAAGACGGUGGAGGGCUUGCUGGUCACCAUCCACAUGCCUAAAGCUGUGCUCAGCGCCAACCUUACUGCCACUCAAGGCAACUACACGUACGACCUCACCACCAAGGUGCUUGUUUGGGAUAUCGGGAAGCUUAACCCCCAGAAGCUUCCCAACCUGCGAGGAAGCCUGACUGUGCAGUCGGGUGCGCCGAAACCUGAGGAGAACCCCUCGCUCAACAUCGACAUGAAGAUCCAACAGCUGGCCAUAUCAGGCCUGAAGGUGAAUCGUCUGGACAUGUACGGAGAAAAGUACAAACCCUUUAAAGGUGUCAAAUACCUCACCAAAGCGGGAAAGUUCCAAGUGCGGACCUGACUCCAUCACUUCUGGACAACCAAGCUCCAGACUCAGCGCUCCAAAUUUUUCCAAACCUCAGCAUUAUUAACGAAUAAUUUUGCAUUCUAACAGUUAAUUUAUUUAGGUACGUGCCAUGGCAUUACAGACACUGUAUAUAUAUAAUAUAUAUACCAAGCGGCUUAUUUAUGGCCUUUGAAGGGAAUCCUUUAGAAACGGUAAAGUGAUAAUACUUAAUAAUCUUCCAAGUGACCUUUUCCACUUUCAUUCAGUUCCACCAAAUGCCAUAUUGCCGAAAGGAAUAUGUUUCUUUGGAAAUGAGCCUGCACAAUCAUGUCAACUCCUUGUAAUGUUGCUUGCGCUUUGCCUUUCUGUACAUCAAUAUCUUUGCACAGCUUUACUCUGUAAUUUACCCAUGUUAUGUGCCUUCAGGACUUUAUAAUACCAUCUGUUUUAAAGAUAUGGUGUAGCAAAAUAGGUUACCCCAGACUGUGAUUAGCACAGCAUUUGCACAACCUUUGACGUGGAACAAACAUUCUUGUAUCGCUCUUAAUGUCAGUGUACAAGAGGUCUUAUAAAAAAAAACU